AUGCUGUCGUCCCGUAGCAAGGGGCCGGCGCCUCGGCCGCAGAUGCGUGUCUGCUAUCUAUGUGGUCAACAGUUCGGUAGCGCCUCAAUAGGCAUCCACAUACCACAGUGUUACGCAAAGAAGGUAGCGCAGUGGGAAGUGGCAGACCCCGCCACGCGCGGAAAGCGACCCAAACACCCCGACACUGUCAACUGGCAGGGAUCGGGAGUGAGUGCGGAGAAACUGAUGGAUGAGCAGUUCCAAGAAUUUACGAACAAUCUCGUACCUUGUGAUAGAUGCGGACGGAAGUUCCUUCCCGAUCGACUUCCGGUUCACCUACGCGGUUGUAAGGGUGACAGUCGCUGCCCAUCUGCAAGUGCCAACCGCAGUAGAGCGGGAAGCACCAGAAGCUUGGCUUCCAGCGGUAGGGGCGCGUCACCCUCAAGGGAUAGUCAGCGGGGAGGACAGGGGAAACGGACCGCUUCUAUGGGCCCCGGAGCCAAGCCCCAGCUUCCAAUAUGUUACCUUUGUGGUCAGCAGUUUGGGACGAGUUCUAUCGGAAUUCACGUGCCCCAAUGUUACGCAAAGAAGUUAGCGCAAUGGGAGGCGGCAGAUGUGGAGACACGCGGCAAGCCACCAAAGCAUCCAGAUUCCUUUAACUGGAAGGGAGAGGGUUGUGGUAAUGUUGAGGAGCACAAUGAUGCACAAUUUGCUGAGUUUGUUAGAAACUUGGAACCUUGCCCCAACUGCGGUCGAAAGUUUCUUGCGGAUCGCUUGGUGGUGCAUCUCCGCUCCUGCAAGCCCGGUUCUACGGCAAGACCGCCCCCAGCACCGAGUGCACCCCAAUCUCGCCCUCCCACAGGAAAGGUCCCUCAACCGAAUACGGGGAGCCAUGUGGGGGGUGCUACAGAUACCGCCGAACGAUCACAAUCGCGGGGUUCUGCGAUAGGUACAGACCAUAACAGAAGACUUUCUAACAUUAAUCCAAAGUUAAAACGUUUGCCGAAGGGUGGAACGGUCGAUGCGGAUGGGCGCGAGUGCCCGCGGUGUAGUGCCGUUGAAUAUGAUAAAAAUGCAAAGUACUGCAGGGAAUGCGGCGCUAACCUGGCGUCCAAGAACCUUGCGAAACCGUGUGCGCAAUGUGGAGAGUCGAUACCCCAGGGAUCUAGGUUCUGCGGCACGUGUGGAGUGCCAGUUAAUGGUGCAUCAGCGGACGAACGGGGCGAAGGAGCUGAGAAUGUUAAUGCACCGACUGUGCGGGUACUGACUUGUCCAGCAUGUAGAGCUAUAUGUGAUGCUGAUAGUAACUUCUGUGACAACUGCGGAGGAGCCCUAGGUGACGCGGAGCCUCUUGCCGUAGGUGGAGCGCGAACCCCCGCUAAAACCACCAAAGAAGUUAUGUAUUGUAAAGGGUGUGGUGAAACUGUUGAGGAGCUCUCGGCGAAGUACUGCGAAGAAUGUGGCGAAGUCCUUGAGAGGAAAACUAUCGAAGACGUUAGUGAGGGUCCUCCGGCAGCAGAAUGUACGUUAACUCCGCAUGGGGUUAAGGAAGUUUCUGCUCCUCAGAGAGCUUUGUCGACGGCGCCGCCAUCAACAACAAAUGAUGACAAGCGACACUCAGCGGGAGGGUUCAGGCAAGCAAACACUAAAAUAGGAGGCAGUGAGGAUAACCGCGGUGGCCCCAAAGUACCCUCAAGGGGGCGUGGCAAUCUCUCACCCUCUUCCCCGAAGAAAUGCACGCAGGAAUCCUAUACGGCAACUGACUACGAGGCGGCAGAAGUUGGGGAGCGCCUGGAGUGCCAGAAGUGCGGCAGAAAGUUUGCCCCAGAGGCACUGCAGCGGCACGAGCGCGUAUGCGCAUCGCAGAAGCAGCGAAAGGUGUUCAACAUGCGGGCUCAGCGUCUUGCAGGCACCGAAGCCAUGAGUUUUGCCAAAAAGAUCGAUACUACCGCCAGUGCCCCAGCGCCACCGAAAAAAGAUUGGCGUGCCGAAAGCGAAGCAUUCAGACGAUCCUUGAAGGAGGCGCGAAUGGUGGACAAGGUGCUGAAGUCUGGCGGCAAUUUGCGCAAUCUUCCACCCCCAACCUAUAGUGAGAACAGCCAUUACACGCCCUGUCCACACUGCGGGAGGAAGUUUGCCCCGGACGUCGCGGAGCGACACAUUCCACGCUGUGCAAACACUGUGAACAAACCCAAAGCUCCUCCGCGAAGGCGGUUUUAG